AUGAGGAAGAAGAAGGAGGAGAAGAUGGAUAUGAAAAUGAAGAAGAAGAAGAAGGAGAAGGGGAAGAAGAAGAGGAAGAAGAAGAAGAGUGGGAAGAAGAAGAAGAGGAAGAGGAAGAAGAAGAAGAAGAAAAAGAAAUGGGGCAUCUUUCUUUGCUUUCAAUUAUUAGAUCUCCAUGGAGAUCUGGAAAAAUUGCUACAGCCGACGGUCCUAAAGAAGAAGAAGAAGGGGAGGAAGAACAGGCAAAAAGAGAAAGAAGAGGAAGAAGAAGAGGAAUUCGAAGAAGAAGAAGAAGAAUUCGAAGAAGAAGAAGUCCUAAAGAAGAAGAAGAAGGGGAGGAAGAACAGGCAAGAAGAGAAAGAAGAGGAAGAAGAAGAGGAAUUCGAAGAAGAAGAAGAAGAAUUCGAAGAAGAAGAAGUCCUAAAGAAGAAGAAGAAGGGGAGGAAGAACAGGCAAGAAGAGAAAGAAGAGGAAGAAGAAGAGGAAUUCGAAGAAGAAAAAGAAGAAUUCGAAGAAGAAGAAAGAUGCCUCCGCGACGUCUCCGAGAUAUCUCCUAGGAAUAAUAGAGUCUUCGAGGAGCCGCAAGAAAAUCGAACAUGCUCGAUGUUUCAGAGACUCUUUCCAGUCUUCGCGAUGUCUCUUCGAUAUCUCUGCGAAGUCUCAGAUAUCGCGGAGACCUAG